AAGCAUGAACUGCGCAUGCUCCUCCUCUCCGAGCAGAACAGGACGCCAAGCGGGGCGGGUCUGCUCUGCAUCGGCUGCCCCGCUCCCGUCCCGGCUAGGCCGCCAUCCGGCAGGGGGCGUCCGAGAGGCGCCCUCCAGGCUAGGCCGGCCCGGCGCUCGCCAAGCAGCAGCAGCAGCAGCAGCAGCGCCCCCGCUCGGCCUCGCCUGCCUGCCUGUUCGGUGCGGGAGGCGCGAAUUGCCGCCGGGCAGCGCUUCUCCGCUUCGGGCUCAGGCACCAUGCGGCGCCGGGCGGCGCCUCCUUCUCCUCCGGCGCGGCGGCGGCUGCUGCUGCUGGGACUGGGCUUGCUGCUCGGGGGCGCGGCGGCGGCGGCGGCAGCGGCGGGAGGCGGGCUGGGCGAGCGGCUGCAGCAGCAGCGGCACUACGACAGCGAGGGCGCGCACCUGCCGGACUACGACCGCGAGGCGCUGCUGGGGGGCCAGGAAGAAGUGGAAGAAUUUGCCAAACUGGAUCCAGAUGAACAGCUGAGAAGACUAAAAUCCAUUUUCAAGAGAAUUGACAUUGACGCUGAUGGGUUCCUCACAGAGGAUGAGCUGAGUUUAUGGAUCCAGCAGUCUUUUAAGCAUUAUGUUGUGGAGGAUGCUAAGCAGCAGUUUGGUGAAUACGAUAAAGAUGGAGACGGGCAUGUCUCCUGGGAAGAAUACAACAUUCAGAUGUAUGAUCGCAUCAUCGACUUUGAAGAAGAUACAACUUUGGAAGACACUGAAGAAGAAUCUUUCCGACAGCUCCAUUUAAAGGACAAGAAGAGAUUUGAAAAGGCCAACAAGGAUGGAACUUUUGGCCUGAAUCUUGAUGAAUUCAUUGCAUUUGAGCAUCCUGAAGAAGCAGAAUACAUGAAAGAAUUUGUUAUUCAAGAGGCUUUGGAAGAACAUGAUAAAAAUGGUGAUGGAUUUGUGAGCCUUAAAGAGUUCCUUGGUGACUAUAGAAGAGAUCCAACUGCCAGUGACGACCCAGAAUGGAUUCUUGUGGAGAAGGAUCGAUUUGCCAAUGACUACGACAAGGAUAAGGAUGGGAAACUCAACCCCAAAGAGUUGUUAAGUUGGGUGGUACCCAAUAAUGAGGGUAUUGCUCAAGAGGAGGCUGUUCACCUGAUUAAAGAAAUGGACGUGGAUGGAAACAAAAAGCUUUCGGUGGCAGAGGUUCUGGAGAAUCAGGAUCUGUUUCUCAAUAGCGAAGCCACAGAUUAUGGCAGGCAGCUCCAUGACGCAAGUUUCUACCAUGAGGAGCUCUAGUUUGAAAAGAGACUCUUCGUUGCCCUUCUGUAUGCCAGAGUUUGAAUUUUUAAAAAUACUGUUUAGCUUUGAAAGCAACAAUACAAAUUUUGUGUGGUUGUAAUAUACUGGUGUGUGCAUGUGUAUUAGCAUUUUUGAGUUUCUUUGUUUGUUGCCUUUGGAUGUCUUAGCCUUCAAAGCUUUGGCACUACAAAACCAGUCUCCUUUUAAAAGAAAGGAAACCUCCUUAAAUGUUCAAGGUUUAUACUGUUGUUUUUUUGAAACUUACUUGAAAUGCAGAGAUUUGCCAAAUGAUACGGUAGGUAAUUACCACUAGUCUGUCUUAGAUUACAGGCUAGUCUAUUGUAGGUUUUUGAAAAGGGGGAAAACAGGGGAAAGGGUUUGCUUUCGGAUUCUUGACAAUCCUUCGGUUGGAUUAAAGCCCUUUCCUUAAGGUUCUUGUGUAGAUUCACUUCUUUAGAGGGUGUUUAUAUGAACUGGGGAUCUUAUUUUUGCAUCUAGAGAUUGAUUUAUUUUUUAUUGUACUGUAAUGAUAAUAGCUUUAGAAAAUGUAUUUAAGUGGAAACACUAUUCACGUUGGAAUAAACAUUCUUAUCUCAC